UGGGCGGGCGGGGCGCAGGCCGCGGGGCCCGAGCCGGGGGGAGCGAGCGAGCGGAGAAGCCGAGGAUCCGAUUCACUCGCUGGGGAGACCUAUGGGCCGAAGCCGUGUAAAUGCGUUUUAAGCAGGGGCCUCGGCUCCGCAACUGCCACUCCUCCUCGGGGUGUUGCACAAGUUUCGAGGUCACCGGCGACCCCCCCUAGCAGCGCGCCUGCUCUGGCCCCCGCGAAGGAGGACGGGGCUUGUGUUGCAUACUUUCUAAGGCGGCGGCGGCGGCGGCGGCAGGGGCUCCAUCCAGGUCGCCAGCCGCUCUUCCUCGGCAUGGCUGGCUACCUGAGGGAAGCGGACUUCGUGAUGGUGGAGGAGGGUUUCAGCACCCGCGACCUGCUGGAGGAGCUCACUCUGGGGGCCUCCCAGGCCACCACGGACGAGGUGGCUGCCUUCUUCGUGGCCGACCUGGGUGCCGUGGUGAGGAAGCACUUGUGCUUUCUGAAGUGCCUGCCGCGAGUCCGGCCCUUCUACGCGGUCAGGUGCAACAGCAGCCCCGGUGUGCUGAAGGUCCUGGCUGAGCUGGGGCUGGGCUUCAGCUGUGCCAACAAGGCAGAGAUGGAGUUGGUCCAGCAUAUUGGUGUCCCCGCCAGUAAGAUCAUCUAUGCCAACCCCUGUAAGCAAAUUGCCCAGAUCAAGUACGCUGCCAAACACGGGGUCCAGCUGCUGAGCUUUGACAACGAGAUGGAGCUGGCCAAGGUGGCGAAGAGCCACCCCAGUACCAAGUUGGUCCUGUGCGUUGCCACGGACGACUCCUACUCCACGAGCCACCUGAGCCUGAAGUUCGGAGCGGCGCUGAAUUCCUGCAGACAUCUGCUUGAAAAUGCCAAGAGCCGCCACGUGGAGGUGGUGGGGGUGAGUUUCCACAUCAGCAGUGGCUGUCCUGACCCUCGGGCCUAUGCCCAGUCCAUCGCAGAUGCCCGGCUGGUAUUUGAAAUGGGUUCCGAGCUGGGUCACAGGAUGCACAUUCUUGACCUCGGCGGCGGCUUCCCUGGCAUAGAGGGGGCCAAAGUGAGAUUCGAAGAGAUUGCUACUGUGAUCAGCUCAGCCUUGGACCUGUACUUCCCAGAGGGCUGCGGUGUGGACGUCCUUGCCGAGCUGGGCCGCUACUAUGUAACCUCGGCCUUCACUGUGGCUGUCAGCAUCAUCGCCAAGAAGGAGGUUCUCCUGGACCAGCCCGGCAGGGAGGAGGAAAAUGGCUCUACCCCCAAGACCAUCGUGUACCACCUUGCCGAGGGCGUGUACGGGAUCUUCAACUCAGUCCUGUUUGACAGCGUCUGCCCAACCCCCAUCUUACAGAAGAAACCAUCCGCGGAGCAGCCCCUGUACAGCAGCAGCCUGUGGGGCCCAGCGGCCGAGGGCUGUGACUGCGUGGCCGAGGGCCUGUGGCUGCCACAACUACACGUAGGGGACUGGCUGGUCUUUGACAACAUGGGCGCCUACACCAUCGGCACGGGUUCCCUCCUCAAGGGGACCCAGGCCUGUCGCAUCACCUAUGCCAUGUCCCGGGUGGCUUGGGAAGCGCUGCGAGGGCAGCUGCUGCCCGCGGACCAGGAGGAGGACGCCGAGGGCGUGUGCAAGCCUCUGUCCUGCGGCUGGGAGAUCACAGACACCUUGUGUGUGGGCCCCGUCUUCACCCCGGCGAGCAUCAUGUGAGCGGGCCCCGUUCCCCCCUGGAGAACCCCCGCGGGGCCCCAGUGAUGCCUCUGGGAGAGGUGGGGCAGGCGGCGAGCAGAGCGCCCUGCGGCCAGGACUUCGGUGCCUGCUCUGCCGCCCCCACACUCCACCUGUAGUUCCUGCCCUGUAAUAGGACCAGUCUCACACUCGCUGUAGUUCAAGUAUGCAACAUAAAUCCUGUCCCUUCCAGUCGUGUCUGCCUCCUGUGGCGCGCAAGGGCCUGGUCAGCCAGGUGUGUGUGUGUGUGUCGGGGGGAGGGGGUGCAAUACGGGGUCUCCCGCCAUCUCCUUCCUCCCUUUG